UGUUCUUUGCUUAAAAGUGCUUCACUGUAACUGCAUUAACAGAAUUCACCAAAUAUUGUGAUUUACUAAUAUGCCUCUUUAUGAGACUGUGAUGCAAGAAAAACCGCCAAUUGUUUUUGACGUUGGAACUGCUUACACAAAAUUCGGGUUUGCUGGCGAAACAUGUCCAAGAAAAAUAGUCCGAUCGGAGGUGAUAUGUUUGGCAAGUAAAGUUACUAAACCUCUCUUUCAAUAUGAGGACAGCUUAGAAUUUUAUGAUCAGAUUGUAGAUUUUUUGCAAAUGAUAUUUUUUAAAUACUUGCUUGUAAGCCCCAAAGAUCGUAAAUUUGUUAUCGUUGAAAACGUUUUUGACCAAACUGAAGUACGUGAUGCACUGGUACGAAUACUGUUUCGACACUUUGAAGUUUCAUCAGUGCUCUUCGUUCCCACACAUAUUAUGGCAAUUUCAACUCUUGCAAUAUCGAGUGGUAUUGUUAUUGAUAUAGGUUACAGUGAAACUAAUGUUAUGCCGAUUUACAGUGGCGUUCAAAUUUUAAAAGCGUUCCAAGACCAGCGAUAUGGCGGUCAAUUAAUACAUAAAGAAAUAAAGCGCCAGUUAAUAAGCAUUGGUGUUAAAGAAAAUCUUCUAUCCGAAAAAGUUUUGGAAGAUAUUAAGAUUAGAACAUGCUUUGUGACUAAUUUUGCGCGUGCGCAAUGUUACCGUAGCAAUCAAAAGCUUGAAGUGCCACCGAAUAUUGAAUAUUCUAUAAAUGGAACUCAAAUCAUAACUAUACCUGGGUCCUUAAGAGAAACUGCAUUUGAAAUUCUAUUCGAGACAAGCAAUGAGCGGGACAAUUUACCACACUUAAUACUACAAUCGAUUUUAAAGUGUCCACUUGACGUGAGAAGAGAAUUGACCGAAAAUAUAUAUGUUAUUGGUGGGAGUUCUAUAAUAAUGGGCUUAUUACCGAGGUUGAAGGAUGAGUUAAACUUUUUAAUUGAAACUGACUAUCUAUAUACGGAUAAGUUGUAUGGUAAAAUUCAAUUCAAAUUUCACAAAACAAUUGGCUGUCAAAAUUUUUGUGCGUGGUUGGGUGGUUCAUUAUGUGGAGCUACAGAUUUGAUACAAACGCGGUCUUUAACAAAGGAAGCUUUUUUUAAAACUAAUCGCGUUCCAGAUUGGAUUUGUUUAGCUGAUAAUCGAUUAACAGGAACAUAAAAAAUUGUUUUAGGAAAACAUAUUUAAACUGUUACGAAUUGUUGAUUUCCAAAUAUAUCUACUUGAAUCUGAAAAUAAAAUAUAUAGAGUUUGUCAAGUAUGAGUUUACACAUUUAAAAAAA